AUGAGUCAAUGGAAAUUGAUUUUUCACCGUGAAAGUAGCAGAAAAAAGCAACGUCUUGAAGCUUGUCACAGUGGUAACGUUUUUGUAGAACUUAAGAGUGCUUUUAGAGGAAUUUUGAAAACUUAUUACCUCAAAAACGGAUGCGAUGAGGUAAAAGACAUUGCUUUGUUUUUAGAAUCACAUAAAGUAAAACUUAUAGAAUUGGUAAAUCAACAGUUAAGUGUUAAUGGUGCAGUGAAAUUUAAUCUUGUGUUUGAAUGUACGUAUAUUAAACCACUUAGUGAAGAAACUCAGGCAAGAUUUAAAAGAAUGUACAGAAAGAUUUCUCAAGAAGAAAGCGAGUAUCUUGACAAAGGAAGUGGUUGGACACUGUAUAAAAUAGAUGGUAUUCUCGUAAGAUUUAGUAGGUACAGACCUCUCAGAGGUAGUACGUAUAUUCCACUACCUCAAAUCAUUGAAAAUAAAAAAGCAGUAAUAAAUCCAAAAAAUUUACAUGAUAAUCAGUGUUUUAAGUGGGCCAUCAUUUCUCGAUAUGUAAAAGGUUCUCACCGAGAACGUGUAAAUAACCGAUAUCUCAACUUACAGAAUAAAUUCAAUUUUGAAGGAAUAAGUUUUCCCACACCACUUAAUCAAGUAAAAAAAUUUGAAAAGAAUAAUCCCAAUGUAAGUGUUAAUGUUUAUAGUUUCAAACGAAAGUGA